CAGUGCUAAUCUUCCUCUGAAGUCUGUCUCUGUCUUGUUGGGUGGCAGAGCCAAACCAGACAGUUCUCGAGGUGCAGAUGACGGGCAGUUCUCUUGGCAGUGGGCUUGUUCUGCCCUGUCCCUCUUUUUUCUUCCCUGCCUCCUUCGACCCGCGACGUCCCCCGCCGUGUCCGUCUCGCGUGGCUGAUCCGCAAAGCAGACCUGGGCAAGGUCUGCCCUGCCCUCGGCGCCAGAGAGCCCGACCUGAGCGAGGGCAGAGGCAGAGCAAGCGCGCUCCGAAGGGGAAUCGUGGCACUUUUCCCCCCGCGUGGCGUGGAGGCUCCCGCGGAGUUUUGCCAGGGUCAACUCCCACCUUGACUUUCUCCUCGGGAGGUCGAGAAGCCCCUCGGGUCCUCCCCAGGGAAGAGGAAUGGGAGGGCUGCCGGUGGCGGCGACCCAGUUUACCCGGAGCCCCUAAACCAGGCAGCCACAGCGGAGACAAUGGCACUUCGACCCGGCACGGUCCUGCUACUCAUCACUCUGGGGUACUUGCUCAAGUUACUGACGGCAGAAACUCAGUGUGAAAAUAUUUAUCAAGAUUUCUCUGGCUGCAUCUUAAAAUUAGGAGAGAACAUGGCUAGAUAUGAAGAAGAAGCUGAAGAAGACAAAGUGAACCAGAGUCUGCUGCAAGGAUUGCAGGUUGUUUGUGGAUAUUGGAAUGAAUUUCAUAAUUGUGCGAUGGCUACUCUUUGGGUGUGCCAGAAGGAGAUGGUGACUGUCUGGGAAAAGUUGAAAAGGGAAUCUAGAAAAAUCAAAUUUGAAGGCAAUCUUUUUGACCUCUGCAUCUCCAGUAACUACCAGAAUUUACCCUCAUCCCAGGUCCCAACCCUUUUUUUAUUAGGCAUCACUCUGAUGCUCAUUUGGUUCAAUUUAUGAAGGCAACAGAUCUGUGAUUUUGUACAAAUGAACAUAUGCUUUUUUCCCAUUAAUAUUUGGAAAAUAUUGUUUGUGGUGGUUUUUUUUCUUUUUUAGUGAAUUUUUGAUUGUGGUAACAGAAUUUCCUAAUAUUUAAUUUUUCCAGUGAGGUCAGUUGUAAAUAUGGUAAGCGUUCCAAUUGAAUUUUGACAAUCAAAAGUUGUGCAUGCCUUAAGGAUCUCAAAAUUAAAUUACUAAAUUACAGCUUGCAUAGGAAACUGUGGCAUAAGUGGAAUGGUGUCACUAAUUUUUGUAUCUUGACCUGCUAAUUAGGGUUUGCUUUGGUAAACAUUUCAUUCCAACUGUUGUACUGAUUUCUACAUUUAAAGAACUUUUUAGCAACUUUCUUUUUGUAUAUAGAUGUAACUCCUGUAAUUAAUAGAUUUGCAAUUUUAGGAAAGAAAAUGUUGAGGAACUCAAGAGGGUAGCAAGAGGUUUUAAAAUAACUGGAUUCUCUCAGCAGAACAUGAUGGUUUUAUUACCUACCUAAAAUGAGCUCCCCAAAAUAUCCAAAGGAAGAUUACAGACUGAUGAUUGACUUUUUUUUUUUUUUUAAUUUGAUUUAUAUGCCGCCCUUCUCCGGAGACUCAGGGCGGCUUACAAUGCGUUAAGCAAUAGCCUUCAUUCUUUUGUAUAUUUUAUACAAAGUCAGCUUAUUGCCCCCACAAACUGGGUCCUCAUUUCACCUACCUUAGAAAGGAUGGAAGGCUGAGUCAACCUUGAGCCUUGGAGAGAUUCGAACCAGCAGAAAUUGCAGGCAGCUGUGUUAAUAACAGGGUGCAUUAAACCACUGUACUAUCAAGGCUCUACUUGUUAUAGAGGUAUUUAAAGGAAUGAUUAGUCAUGCAAGAGAUUUACAUUAUGUUGGUAUAUGACUUCAGAGCUAAAGAAGAUUGACCAAAACCCUGAGGUAGCUUAAGGCCGGGGUCUCCAACCUUGGCAACUUUAAGACUUGUGGACUUCAACUCCCAGAAUUCCUCAGCCAGCUCCCAUUGAAGUCCAUAAGUCUUAAAGUUGCCAAGGUUGGAGACCCCUGGAGCCUUAAGGAACAACCCAUCUACAUAUGUUUGCAAGGAAUAAUGCUGUGAUACUCCUUUUCCUCCAUUCCUGACAACUACUUUUUCCUCCUACCUGAACUUCCCCUGAAUGUUGCGAAAUACAAUGUGUAUUACAGUAAAUAUUUCUGAAAUGGAAAGAAAUAUUUAGUGAGAAGUAAAUAUCUUGCAAUUUUCUAAGGAAAACUUCUGUAUGGCAGGUUGGGUGGAUGUUCAGAGAAUCACCUGAAUGAAGUAUGAACUUUGCUGUAAAAUAACAAUGAAGAAAUAUGGAACUGACUGUUCAUUGCUGCUCUGGGUAUCCCUUAUAACUGCCUAUUUGGGUUGAGGCUUGCGGGAAUUGCAGUUCAACUUUUGAAGUUCCCUACAUUCCUUUGGGGGCGCGGUGGCUCAGUGGCUAAGAUGCUGAGCUUGUUGAUCGAAAGGUCGGCAGUUCAGUGGUUUGAAUCCCUAGUGCC